CUAGCUUGGCUGUGCUGUUUGGAUCAGAGUUCUUCGUUUGUGUCCACCAUGACAUUAGGGGAGCACGACAAAAUUCUAGAGAGCAAGGGGUUGUAACAAUUCAAGAACAUUGGCCACCGAUUAUUUUCUCGGUCCCUAUCUUUUACCGAUUCAGGGUUUGUUGUCGGCCGGCGACCCUCUUAUUUGAAAAGAAAGCGGCGGUAACAAUUGAGAGGAGAUGGAUCGAUGGAGGUACAAGGAGACGCCGUAGAUCCGAUGGCUACAGAGGAACAUGCCACCCCCUCCACAGCCCAAGAAGAUCUGGUUAUUCGUCGGAAGCCCCGUAGACGUUUUCCGAUUCUUAGUCUUCGUGGGCUUGAAUCGUCGGUAGACAAAAAGUACCUGAUGCAGAUCUUGGAUGAAAAAGUUCCUGAACGGGUAUGUAUGUAGUUAGUAAUUGCUCCCGCCGCUCUGUCUUUCUAAACCUUGUAAAUUUCACUAUUUUUAAUUCACCCAUUCAAAUAAAUUGAAAUGAUCCACACGUGCUGUGAUUUUUACUAAUAUGCCCAUUCAAGUAAAUUGAAUUGUUCACACACACAUAUACAUUUAUUUGUUGGAAGUACUUGGAACCGCAUCUUCUUCUAGGUGAUUGCGCUCCAGGUGGUGGGAGGAGAAGAUGAUAAGCGCUUCGCCUUUAUCCAAUUUUAUGACCUGGAGUCUGCUCAAUA